AUGGGGUGCUGUGGCUGUGGUAGACGCUGUGGUGGCUGCGGUGGCGGCUGCGGUGGCGGCUGUGGUGGUGGCUGUGGUGGCUGUGGUGGUGGCUGUGGUGGUGGCUGUGGUGGCGGCUGUGGUGGCUGCAGCACCUACCGGGUCGGCUGCUGCUCCCGCUGCUGCCCCUGCUGCUGUGGCUGCUGUGGGGGCUGCUGCAGUGUCCCCGUGGUCUGCUGCUGCCGUCGCUCCUGUGGCUGCGGCUGUGGCUCGUGUGGCUGUGGCUGCGGCUGUGGGAAGGGCUGCUGCCAGAGGAAGUGCUGCUGCCAGAGGCAGUGCUGCUGCUAG